AUGGCGACAUCAAAAAGUCAAGUCGGCCCCAAGGCGUUGAACAGAGCGACUCAAGACUUUGGCUGCUACAUCACAAUAGUCAACCAUACAGAACACGACUUUCUACUGGAUCGUGACGGGAUUGUCGACGGAUGGGGUGAAUGGCCAUUGACGCAGCCCGUCAAUAAUAUCAAGGCGGGAGCCGCGAAGACAGUUCAGCUAGAUAACAAAUUCGACCUAUCAGGAUCCGCAGGCUGGGUCGAGUACGAAGUUGACACGAAUGAAAAGCUUGAAAGAUUCCGGGUUGAUUUUGACUGUCCCUAUGCGUUCUGGAAAAAGAACCGAGUGGAGGCAACAUGUUCAACCGGUGGCUUAUCCAUUAAAAAGGGCUGGUACCCGACCAACGGGCACCCAUUACAGUGCACUGUCACUAUUGGCCUGGUUGAGAGUGAGGAUCCCAAAACGUCCUCUGCGCCCGAGACGAGUACUAGUCCAGCGUUGUCCAUGACUCGGGAGGAGUCGCCCGUGAAAGCCAAGUACGAGUUUGGCUUCCGAGCUCCAGCAGGGAUAUACGAGUCAUCGCCAAUGCACGAGUGCAUUGCGAUUGCAGCCUUUAUUCUCUCCAAGAAGCGGAUGGCCAAGGCAACGGUCCCCAACAACAUCUCCCCCGAAGAGUGGGAAUACUUCCGCGGUAUCCUCUGGCCCGACGACCCAAAUUGCCUCCUGUUCAACGACAGAUUGGAUGAUAACCGGGCAUACGGGAUAGGACUCGAGUGGCUCAAAGAGUUCAAGAUGGGCGCAUCGUGGACCAUGACGCGGCGCUCCCAUUUCGGCGAUCUGCAAGGCUUGCACUCCAUGGCCAGCACAGUCGGCGAGCAGCCUGAAGUGACACGCGAGCGGAUCCUGCAUUGGAUGGGCGUCAUGUACAGGUUGGCGGUGGGCGAGGGGGAUAUCUCAGAGGAUGACAGCGUGACGAAGCAUUUUCCACCUUCUGUCUUUGGGCCAACCUGGGCAUCUACCUCCCUACGGUCUCUCCUUCUUGCUACGACUCCCAGCUAUCAGGAUGUUGACAUCUGCCGCCGAGCUCUCGGGGUCUGUCUGCAUCUCAUCCAGGACUCAUACGCCAUUGGCCAUGUCCAGAGGCAACUGCGCAACCCGAAGGACAAGCUCGGCCGUGGACCCGACGGCUUCAUCCACUUUCGACCCGGCACGCACGGGGACUGGGGCGAUAUCCAGUGCUUCCACACGUACCUCGGCCAGAAUGAGUUCCGGCACAAGCACUACGACGGUGUCCCCAAGGAUUACGGUGUCCCAAGCCCCCGUGAUCUGUCCACCUUUGACCCAGUCAUAGGUGCUAGGUCGGCUAUUGCGGGCUGUCUGACCCUGAUCAACCUCUUUGCUGACGACACCCCGUGGGAAAAGGUGAGAGACAUCCUUACGACGGGGAUAUACAAGCUGCAUCCCGACGCAAGGCCGUCUGAUACUGAUGUUGACACGCGCGACCUGCCUUCGGAGCUGUCUUAUGCUGAAAGCUGUGCCAUGGAAAAGGGACUAGGUGCUAACAGUGGCGAUGCACCGAUCAUUCGGGACCGAAAGAUACUCGAGGUAGAGGAGCAUGGCACCGUGGUUUCUUGGGGGACACCGUCGCCCUCUUAUGGGAGGAGCACGGGCAGGAUUGCCUCCAAUCGCACGGCUAUCAUCUUGGCAGUGAUGCUCACUUUAGGUUUUGGCUUUGGGGCCAUCAUCACACGCAGCCUCAAUUGGGUCGGGCAAAGAUAUAUUACUGCGUAUUCACAGGUUCACGGUAGCAUAGCAUAUUAA